AAAGGGUUAAAGUUAACUCAAUAAUAUUUUCCAAAAUCAUGAAAUAUCCGUGAAACAUGGAUAAAAAUAAGAAGAAAUCUUAUGCCAAUGGAAAGUACAAGAAAAAUGGCAAAUCCGACACGUACAAAGCCGACGAUGACGUCAUCACGACGUGUUGUCUUUGCGUCAAAACUAAAAAAAGCAAAAAGAAAAGUUUGAUCGCGGGCUGCGUGACUAACUUGGGGAUAUUUGUCCUGCUGUUAGCUUAUACCUUGCUGGGUGCAUUUAUAUUCCUAGCUAUCGAAGGAAGCGCGGCGAAAAUGCACCAGAAAACACUCGCAACUACGUCAUACCAAGUCAAUGAACCAAAAUCUGUGUCGUUAUCGAAAUUGAACGGCAGUAUAACGCAAGCCAGUGCAGAAUUGAGAUCGCAGACGGUCGAAAGUAUUUGGGAGAUAACAGUGUCACUCAACAUUCUGUACAAAGAAAAUUGGACGAGACUAGCAGCUCAAGAGAUUGCUAGGUUUCAAGAGAAAUUGGUGGCGAGGGUUGCGGCUGACGUCUCGGCGCAGUACGGUGGAGCGAGGGCUUUGGAGUCGACCCCGCCGCUCGUCGUUGACGAGUAUGAAUGGAAUUUUGCUAAAGCAUUUUUGUAUUCAUUGACUGUUCUUACUACUAUAGGUUAUGGCAGCGUAGCUCCAAGAACCGCUUUAGGCAAAGCAGUUACAAUAGGUUACGCUGUGAUAGGGAUACCUUUAACAUUACUUUAUCUGUCAGUUGUCGGAGCUCUGUUAUCAAGAUUGGCUAGAAGUGUCUUCAGCAGAGCUCUAUGUUGUUGCCUGUGUACGAAAUGCGGCUACUGCUGCCUUGACGAAAGAACAAUGACUACCAAAGAAAGAAAGGAGAAAGUGAGAAGACAGGAUGACUACAGGAAUCAGACGUUGCAUUUGCAAGAACCUUACUACGUGAGAUCGCCAUCUGGUACAAUAAUAUCAGCAUCUCAAGCGCACAGCGUGAGUACUACUUCGAUCAAAGACAAGACUCAAGGCCUGAGCUUUCUAAGGGAUUGUGACUCAAUGAGUUGUACAGACACCGAUUCAAAAGUAUCACUUCGUGGAUUUUCGAUUCUAGCUCCAGUGUCCUUGUGUCUAGCAGCGAUUUUCAUUUACAUAUUCUUUGGUGCACUCGUUUUGUAUCAGUUGGAGGGUUGGAGUCCGAUUGAUGGAAUUUACUUUUGUUUCAUGAGCCUCAGUACUAUUGGGUUUGGUCAUUUAGCUCCUGGAGCGACCCAGAAGAACAGUGCUUCUACUGGAACAGUGUGGUUCUGCUCGAUUUACAUCAUGACCGGUCUCGCCCUCACUGCUAUGUGCUUUAACGUACUGCACGAUGAAAUUGUCCACCGUCUCAAACACCACGAGAAAGUUCUUAAAGCCAAUUCACAGAAGGUACUCACAUCUGAGUUCCUGCACAGGUCUUGACGAGAUGAUAGCGCCAAUUCGAUCGAUGAGACUAUAAUCAAUUCUGAAGCUGAAUCUUUGCCUGAAGUUUUACACCACGUUAGCUCGAGAUGCGAAGGGGGCGCUGUACGAAGGACAAUCUAUACACUAAGGGAGGAAAAAGAGCCGGAAAGAGUGACCCCAAUGUAAUCUGACCUUACUUUGACAGGAAUUUUGUUUAUAUUGAUUUACCCCAAAAUAAAAGUGGGUGGGAAUGAGAGUUUAAGAACCUGUAGAAUAAAGAAAGUUAAAUUGUUGGACUACGAGUUUGUAUCGUGUAACACGGAUCCUUAGUAUAUUGAUUCGUAAGAAAAAUUGACACUGCAAUCUAAUAACGUUAAUACAUGUUUUUUUAAACCAAGUGUUCAGUGAAGGCAGUAAUGAUUUUAAUAACAAUUUUAUUUAAUAUUUUAUUCAUAGCUUAUAUUUUAAAAUUAGUCCGACAGCAAUGACGACUGUGCGAUAGUGCGCACUGCCUAUUGCCUAAUUCCUAAAAAUUAAACAUGGCUCUUAACCAGAUGUUAAGUAAAGAAAUGACUGACCAUAUGUGUUAAUUAUUUUAAUUAGAUGAAUACCAAUUAUUAUAGGUGUGAUUGUUUAGUCGUACGAAGUGUUUAAAUCCUUUUAAAAGAUCCAUUUGUAUGCAGAAAUUUUGGUAGAAAUUCAUUUAAAAUGAACGAGGAAACAGACAACUGUCAAACUCUCAAAGUUUCUUCAUGUAAAUGGUCUCUCGCGUAUUUUAAGUAAUGAAACCUUAUAACUAGUGUAUUAAGAUUUAAAAUUGAAAUGUUUUUGUACGUAGAUAUUAUAUUUUAGAUUUAUUGUUUGAAUGAAUUACCGGUUGUAAUUAAUGUAGGUAUACCUAUAAUGUGCCAAAUUACAUAAAUAUAUCAUGUAAUUAGGUAUUAUUUCGUAUUACGUAUCAGGGAUAAUGUUGUUUGACAACAUUUAUAAAAAAUAUUUAGUUGAGAUUAUGUAUCAAGAUUGAUAUUCAUUUGCACAAAUAGAUUUAAUUAUAAUUAUUUUGAUACUUGAUGACUGUUUAAUAAACAAAUUUGAUGACACUCAUCUAUCACAACAAGCAAGCAGUAGAAAUCUUCAGCCGAUAUCAAAAUUAUACUCCGACAAGGUUCAUAGUAAACGUGGCCAAAAUCGAAAACGGCGCCCGCCAUCUUGCGAUGUGUCAAA